CUCCCUCCUCUCGUCUCCAGCUCUAAAUCCAGCGGGCAACUGGACCGGCGCGCAUUCUCCCGUACGCGCGUGAGUGGACGGACAGAUCCUUAUCACCUGCAUCUACCGCCGCGGGUCAGUAAACACUCGCAGUUUUCAGAAAGUUUAGGAAUUUCAGAGCGCAACUUUCCCGCCGCAUUCCCCCCCGAGAGUGGAGCAGUCAACCGAAGUUAACGUAAGGAGCGGGAGAGAACUUUACGCAUGGACGUCGCUGGAGAGCUGCUCUUCGGUGUACACAACUAGCCUCCAGCUCCUAGACGAGUUUCACCACAGGAGACAAGUCUGACAGAGGCUUUUUGACAAGACGUCGUCAGGAUGAAGUAAGCUAUGAGCUUAUGGAAGCCUGCAGCCAAGCCCUCCUUGAACCAAUCAACAACCAGCCAACCAUCCAACCAACCAAUCAACCAUGCAGCCACGUGUGAUAGACAGCAACUGGACCUCCCCCUCCCCCUCCUCAGCCAAUGAGACGCCGCUCUGCUACUCCAUCAGCAGCCCGCCCUACAACUACACGAGCACGCUGGCGUCGGCCUACUUCUCGGCCGUGUUCAGCGGGCUGGGCCUGAGCUCCAACCUCUUUGCCCUCGUGGUGCUGCUGCGGGCGCUCUCGCAGCGCUGCACGCGUGCCAGCUCUCGCCCGGGCACCAGCUCUCGCCCGGGCACCGUGCGCCCGCACCCUCGCCCGCGCUCCUCCUCCUCGCGCUCCUCCUUCCUCAUCUUCCUCUGCGGCCUCGUCUUCACCGACUUCAUGGGCCUGAUGGUCACGGGCUCCAUCGUGGUGUCCUUCCACGCCACGCAGUUCAACUGGCGCCAGCUGGACCCGCACUGCCACUUCUGCAACUUCAUGGGCAUGUCCAUGGUGUUCUACGGGCUGUGCCCACUCUUGCUGGGCGCUGCCAUGGCCGUGGAGCGCUUCAUGGGCAUCAACAGGCCGUUCUCGCGCUGGGGCAACAUGUCGCGCCACCGUGCCUGCAUGAUGAUGGCGCUGGUGUGGCUGUUUGCGGGCGCGGUGGCACUGCUGCCCCAGGCUGGCGUGGGCAGCUACCACAUCCAGUACCCGGGCUCCUGGUGCUUCCUGCGCAUCAGCGCCGAGCGCGGCCGAGACCUGACCUUCUGCCUGCUCUUCUCGCUCGUCGGGCUGCUGUCGCUGGCCGUGUCCUUCCUGCUCAACACGGUCAGCGUGGUCACUCUGCUGCGCGUGUGCUGCGGCCCGGACGCGGUCCAGAGGCGGCGCGAUCACGAGGUGGAGAUGAUGGUGCAGCUCAUCUUCAUCAUGCUCAUCGCCUCCGUCUGCUGGUGCCCUCUGCUGGUGUUUAUUGCAGCGACUGUGCUGCAGGGCCAGACGGCUCCGAUCCGCUACCUGCUGCUCUGGCUUCGCUUUGCCACUUGGAACCAGAUCCUGGAUCCCUGGGUCUACAUCCUGUUCCGACGUUCCGUCCUGAAGCGGAUCUACCCGCGCAUGGACUGGUCCCGCGGCUCCAUCCUCUCCCUCUACACCUCCGUCCGCAAGCUCACGCGCGCCUCGCUAGGAGGGGGGGUCACGCAGGUGCCCGAGGGGGGGGGCAAGGGGGGCGAAACCCCCCCCACGCCCGCUCAGACCAACCCCCCAGCAGCUGACCAGUCCUGAGUGAACACACACACACACACACACACACACAAACACACACACACACACACACACACACACAUGCCUCCGUGCUUCUGGAUACAGAGACUGAUAGGGCUUUGACAGCAAGAGCAGGGUGUUUAUGUGUGAGAGAGGGUGUGUGUGUGAAACACUUUCUGUGUUUUAGAUGUUAAUUGUUUGUGAGUUUCAGUCUGAAUUUGUUUGGGUUCAUUCCCUCUGGCGGCGGAGCUUUUUGUCCCUCUUGGCGGGCGGUAGGGCGGUGAAAGUGUUUAUGUGACCGUGCAGUAACGUAAGCAGCUGUCACCGCCGCCAUCUGGAGCCCGUCACACACCGUCCUCCACAACCACCACUAACAAGCUCCGCUCGCUACAGUCAGGUGUGUGUGUCUGUGUGUGUGUGUGUGUGUGUGUGUUUAUUUGUGUGUUUGUGAAUGUAUGAGUGUGUGUCUGUGUCUGUGUCUCUAUGUGUGUGUGUGUGUGUGUGUGCGUGCAUGCAUGCGUGCGUGCGUGUGUGUGCAUGUGUGUGUACAUGUAUGAGUGUGUGUGUGUGUGUGUGUGUGUGUAUGAGUGUGUUUGUUUGUGGCAUAUGUCACUACGUGAGAGUGUGUGUGUUCUUGAAACUGAGGAGUUGGCAGGCAGCAGCUGUUCCUAAUGUGUAAAUCAGUCAGCUGUGUGCAGGUUGAGCUGUUUGAGGAACAGAAGAAAGCUGUCAUAUCUUUACUUGCUGGAUAUCUGGACAGAACGGACCUGGGACAUUUUGGACUGAAAGGGCCGCCAGUCAAACAAAGAGCUGUCACUGAGAGCUAGCAGCCUGUGGAUGUGUGUGAGCUCUGCUCUCUCUCUCUCUCUCUCUCUCUCUCUCUCUCUCUCUCUCUCUCUCUCUCUCUCUCUCUCUCUUUCUCACUCACUCACACACACACACACACACAAACACACACACACACACUCAGUAGAAGUGAUGUCUCAGGCUGGAGGAGCGUGGACACGUGUGAACAAGACAUUGGCUCCUCAGUCAGGUGUUGCCUCUGCACUCUCUCUCUCUCUCUCUCUCUCUCACACACACACACACACACACACACACACACACACACACACACACACACACACACACACUCAGUGGCUCCUCAUUCGCUCUCCUCAGAGCCAGAGGUGGAGGACUCUAAUGACUGUGGACACAAACAAAACAAUUCAAACACAAAACAAACGAAGGAUAGAAGUGUGACAACAAGUGUACUGAUCUUCGACUCUGCUCAAUUAGAUAGCUUAGCGUAUCUUAGCUUAGCGUAGCGUAGCUAUGUUUUAGAACUGUAACCACUAUAGAAACGUCGAACAGCUAUGCUAACAACAGAGCGAUUGCCCCACCCACCGUAUUACCCAGUUGUGUCAGUGUUAUGCAACUGCUGUGCAUCUGCUAUUAGUGUCUUUCUGGCUAGAUGCUGUAGCAUUUCUGUCUAGAUGCUAUGCUAGCAUUGCUAAAGAGAUGAUGAAGGAGCAGAUGGUAUCUGAGUGUGGUGGUUUACAGUCAGACGGGAUGUUCUUAUCCGAGGACAAGGUGACCAGAUGUCCGAGUCUAAAACAGGGGACAUAAUCCCAAAAACGUGGAAAAAACGGGGACAUUUACAGUUUGACUAUCAAUCUGAUUGAAAUACGUGCAAGUUUUAUCUUCAAAAAAACGGGGAAAUCGUUUUUCUGUAUUUUCUUGGGGACAGGCAACCAAAAACGGGGGCUGUCCCCUGAAACCAGAGACGUCUGGUCACCCUUCCCAAAGUUCCUUCUGGACGCUUGCAUGACCCCUUCUUCAUACUCUGGUGUGGUUACGGUGUGAGCACACACAGUUCAAUGCACACUGAGCUACAGUACAGCUUAUGUAAGGAGUACUGUGAUCGUUAUCGUUAUUAUUCAACCAUAUUCACUCAGCAAAGGAAGGAAAGCAGCAUUGGGAUUUCUUAAUGUGUUUGUGUGUGUGUGUGUGUGUGUGUGUGUCAGGGGUGGAACUUAAAAUUUGAAAAUGUGAAAAUGUAUCAGCCAAUAGCAGAUUUCUGGUCAAAUUAACCAGCCACUCAAUGUUAAAAUAUGACUUUGUGUCUGAAAUCUACCAGCCACUCUUAGAUUUUACCAGCAUUUGGCUGGUGGCUGGUGCUAAUUUCCAUCCCUGGUGUGUGUGCGUGUGUGUGAUGUUGUGUCUGUCCGGAUGUCCAGGAGCAGAUGGAAUGCCCCCCCUCAAACACACACGCGCAUACACACACUGGCCAGUCCCCCUCAAACACACAGGCACGCACACACACACCAGCCAGUGCAGUAUCUCAUCAAACCCAUCUCCUCAAGCAUUUCCUCUUCACCAAGCACAGAUCAGGCACACACGUGCACACGCACACACACACACACACACACACACACAGUACAUGUGUACACACUCAUUCACACGCACAUGCACACACACACAUCUCUUUCAGCAUAUCCCCUCCACAAAGCAGUGGGGGUUGUCUGAACAUCCCUUCUUCAAACACACACAAACACACACACACACACACACACACUCUAUUUGCAUACUGUAAACUCUACCAAAAGAAAGCAGCAUGAGUGCAUACAGUAUGUUGUGUGUAUCAGUCUCAAACACGCUUUUUCAUUUUUGUCAUUGUUAUUGUGUAAAAUUGCAUCGAUGAAUAGACAGAGAGCACACACGUAUGCACACACAAAGAGACACAGAGACUGAUUGAUGAGAAGACAGACAAGACACACACACACACAUGUACAAACACACACACAGAGAUAAGUUUCAUGGUACAUUUAUUACUAUUUGGUAAUGAACAUGAAAGAAUGUAGGCUACAUGCCACGUCAGGUCUUCAUUCAAAUACAAACACAAUGUCAUAAACAAAACUAACAUUCACACUGAAACUAUGUGUGCUGCAUUUGUUGCGAUGUCCCCCAGUUCCCCCUGGUGAGUUUCACAUGAAGUAAAUAGGAAUAUACUGUAUUUACAAUGUACUGCUAUCUGGUGUCUGAAGAAAAAAAAACAACAACAAAUAAAUGUGAUAUAAACACACUAAAGAUGUAAAUAA